CUUAGCAUGAACGGCUCCCGGGCGGGCGCUGCGGCCCCAGCCACCUGGCUGAGCUCCUGCUGCAACCAGUCGGGGGGGACGCCGGAGCCCCCUGAGGGGCCCCGCGUCGUGCAGGCGGCUGUGCUGGGCGUGCUGUCGCUGCUGGUGCUCUGCGGGGUCCUGUUCCUGGGCGGUGGCCUCCUCCUCCGGGCCCAGGGCCUGACGUCCUCGCUGGCCCGAGAGCGGCGCGCGUCCCUUGAGGCCGAGCCCGGCGGCGCCAGCGAAGGCGAGGACGACCCCUAGGGCCCUUGCCGUGGCCGCAACGCAGCCUCCUGCUGUACCCGUGGAUGUGGGCCUGGGAGGUCAGCGCUCCAGGAAUGGGGGAGCCCCCUGAGCAUCCGCUGCACGUCUGGGGCGCCGCGGUGGACAUACAUCCUGGAUGCCCAGCGCAGCAGAUGCUGGCCAUGCCCCCCGACUUGCAGGCCUCCGAGGACAGGAGUGCAGCCCCUGUCCCAUCUCUGGUACCGGGCUGCUGUGGUCCGACAGGCCACUGACCUGUCCCAGCCGAGGGCUGUGGGUCAGUGUUGGCCAUUUGGAGACGCCGGGUGCCCCAGCCCUCAGCCAUGCCUUAUCACUUCCCGUGGCUUGUUAUUAAAUACGUUGGUA